AUGCCUGAGAUAUUCCGGCUGCCUCGCUGCAAUGGCCUAGAUCUGUUUGAGGUCUCAGUAGAUGAGCUCCAACAUCUCUACUCCACCGGGGCAUUGGCCUCUGUUGACUACGUGAAAUUCUGCUUAGACAGAGUUCAAAAAAUUAACCCGUAUCUCGAAUGUGUUAUCGAAACCAAUCCCGACGCAGUCGAUCAUGCCCAGGCGUUGGAUGAGGAACGGAAGCAAGGCAGCGUCAGAGGCCCAUUACAUGGUAUCCCCGUGCUUGUUAAAGAUAAUAUGGCUACGGCAGAUAAGAUGCAAACGACAGCAGGCUCGUGGGCCUUGCUCGGCUGUAUCGUCCCAAAAGACGCACACAUCGUCCAUCUUCUGCGCCGAGCGGGUGCGAUCAUCCUCGGCAAAACCAACCUUGAUGAAUGGGCAGGAAUGAGAGGCAGCAUCUACUCGAUGGGUUACUCUGCCCGUGGUGGGCAAUGUCGGAAUCCGUACAUGCUGACUCGCUCCCCGAAUGGCAGCAGCUCAGGCAGUGCCGUCAGCGUCUCGGCAAAUAUUGUCCCGCUCGCAUUCGGCACAGAGACAGACUGCAGCGUGAUCAGCCCCGGUAUGGUCAGUGGUGUUGCCGCGAUCAAGCCGACGGUCGGCCUCACUUCGCGUGGAGGAGUCAUUCCCAUCUCAGAGACACAGGAUUCCGUCGGCCAUUAUGGGAGAUGCGUUGCAGACGUUGCCCGUGCAUUGGACAUCAUCGCGGGUCCCGACCCUGACGACAAGUUCAGUACUCAGCCUGGAAGACGUCAGCCAAACAGUUACUAUGAUUGCCUUGUUGACAGGCACGCGCUCAAGGGUGCAAAGUUUGGUCUGCCAAGCAAAUGCUUCUGGGAUGCUGCUCCAUAUCCUCAGCGACUUGUUGCAGAGAAAGUCUUGGAUCUUAUAAAGCAAGCAGGUGCCGAAAUCAUACCGGUUGAUAUGCCGUGCGCCGAAGAGAGAUUAGGCAGGCACGGGAUCUGGGACUGGGAACGCUACGGCGAAUCCAACCCUAAAAUCUCCGAAAUCACGGUCAGCAAAGUUCAGACAUAUUACCUCAUGAACCAAUACCUGAGCAAACUGAAAAACACACCCAUUAAGACCCUGGAGGAUAUCGUGCGCUUCAACGACGAAAACCGCGGCACCGAAGGCGGUCAGGAAGCCGAUUUACCCGCGUUUCCUGAUGGCCAGCGGCUUUUCCGCAAGUGUGUCGAGACCAAGGGCAUCAAGGAUAAGACGUAUUACGCCGCGUUGAAGCAUAUUCGAUCUCAAUGCCGCGAAAAUGGGAUUGAUGCUGCGUUGAAAUGUCCUUCGAGCAGCCGGCGUCCGCAAUCUCCCGAUCAUGAAGAAGAACUUCUCGACGCUCUCCUCUUCUGCGACGUGAAAGCGGGAGGCAUCCAGAUUGCCGCUCAAGCAGGCUAUCCUGUGAUGACGAUUCCUAUCGGCCUUGAUCCGGACGGCAUGCCCGUGCCGUUGACACUGCAGCACACUGCUUGGCAGGAAGACAAGCUGAUCAAGUGGGCGAGUGCCAUUGAGGAUCUCCUGAGCCACUAUGAUGAAGAGCAUUCUAUACCGCCAAGCGAUAGAUGGCGUAUGCUGGGACGCGUCCCGCCAACUUUCAUGGACCAUUUGCGCAAGAACAUUCCCACUGAUAUGGAUUAUCACUGGCCGGGCCGCCAUCGAGCUCAUGCUGUUUAG